GCGCCGGCCGGGACCGGGCAGUCCCGGUGCCCCGCGCCGGCGAUCGCGCGGAUGGCGGCGCUUGCGGCGCUGGCCAAGAAGGUGUGGAGCGCGCGGCGCCUGCUGGUGCUGCUGCUGGCGCCGCUGGCCCUGCUGCCGGUGGUCUUCGCCCUGCCGCCCAAGGAAGGGCGCUGCCUGUUCAUCAUCCUGCUCAUGGCGGUGUACUGGUGCACAGAGGCCCUGCCCCUGUCUGUGACAGCGCUGCUGCCCAUCGUCCUCUUCCCUUUCUUGGGCGUCCUGCCCUCCCACAAGGUCUGCCCCCAGUACUUCCUCGACACCAACUUCCUCUUCCUCAGUGGUCUGAUCAUGGCCAGUGCCAUCGAGGAGUGGAACCUGCACCGCAGGAUUGCCCUCAAGAUCCUGAUGCUCGUUGGGGUCCAGCCGGCCAGGCUUAUCCUGGGGAUGAUGGUGACCACCUCAUUCUUGUCCAUGUGGCUGAGCAACACUGCCUCCACCGCCAUGAUGCUGCCCAUUGCCAGUGCCAUUCUGAAAAGCCUGUUUGGCCAGAAGGAGCCUCGGAAGGACCUUAGCAGGGAGAGUGAAGAGAACAGAGGCACCGUGCGGGGGAACGGGCUGCACACCGCGCCCACUGAGACUCAGUUUCUGGCCAGCACACACACAGAGGGCAGAGGCCACGCUGAGGAGGUGGAGGUGCCGCUGGACCUGCUUGCUGACUCCAAGAAGGAGGAGGACUAUCACAGGAACAUCUGGAAGGGCUUCCUCAUCUCCAUCCCCUACUCGGCCAGCAUCGGGGGCACCGCCACCCUCACAGGCACCGCUCCCAACCUCAUCCUGCUGGGCCAGCUCAAGAGUUUCUUUCCACAGUGCGAUGUGGUGAACUUCGGCUCCUGGUUCAUCUUCGCCUUCCCACUCAUGCUGCUGUUCCUGCUGGUGGGCUGGCUCUGGAUCUCCUUCCUCUACGGGGGGCUCAGCUUCAGGGGCUGGAGAAAGAAGAAAUCAAAAAUCAGAGCAGAUGCAGAAGACAAGGCUAAAGUUAUGAUUCGGGAAGAAUUUCAGAAGUUGGGGCCCACCAGUUUUGCCGAGCGGGCUGUUUUCAUCCUGUUCUGCAUGUUUGCCAUCCUCCUCUUCUCCCGGGACCCGAAGUUCAUCCCCGGCUGGGCCAGCCUCUUCAAGCCCGGGUUUAUUUCUGAUGCUGUCACAGGCAUGACCAUUGUCAUCAUCUUGUUCUUCUUCCCAUCCCAAAGGCCUUCUCUCAAGUGGUGGCUUGACUUCAAAGCUCCCAGCGUGGAGACCAAGCCCCUGCUGACCUGGCAGAAGGCUCAGGACACAGUGCCCUGGAACAUCAUCCUUCUCUUGGGAGGGGGCUUUGCCAUGGCCAAAGGCUGUGAGGAAUCGGGGCUCUCGGUGUGGAUUGGGGGGCAGCUGCACCCACUGGAGAAUGUGCCCCCGGUCCUGGCAGUGAUGCUCAUCACCAUCGUCAUCGCCUUCUUCACGGAGUUUGCCAGCAACACGGCCACCAUCAUCAUCUUCUUGCCUGUCCUCGCGGAGCUGGCCAUCCGCCUGAGGGUGCACCCGCUGUAUCUGAUGAUCCCGGGCACGGUCGGCUGCUCCUACGCCUUCAUGUUACCAGUCUCCACACCCCCCAACUCCAUCGCCUUCGCUUCUGGAGACUUGCUGGUCAAAGACAUGGUAAGGACCGGCUUCCUGAUGAAUGUGAUGGGCGUGCUGCUGCUCAGCCUGGCCAUGAAUACCUGGGCGCAGAGUAUCUUUCAGCUGGGCACCUUCCCAGACUGGGCUGGUAACCACUUGGCCAAUGUCACCGUACUGCCACUCACCUUGGGGAAUGACACGCUGCACAACCUCUGACAAAUACACACUUCCAGGGGAUGCCCUUCGGGCCGGGCAGAUAUCCAGGGGCACAACAACCUGCUGCUAGGACCUACAAGAUGGUCAAGUGAUUCCCUUCUGUAACCCAGCCUCGGCAGCACGGAGACCUCUGGGUCCGCCAGGCCUUGAGCCUCCUUGUCUAGGUCACCUUCCCUUUCUCUGUCACGCCGUUCAAGGCCCAGUUCUGUCCCAGAUCUGCCACCUCCUCUGUGCCGAUGAGCUCCUUUCUGUGGCCUGUCCUGUGGGUAAAGCAUCAGAGAAUCCGAGUCAGCCGCACUAGCGAGCUGGAGUGGCAUCUGUCUUGGACACGUGGGACAGGAAACUGUAUCCACCCCCCGCAGUCAGUCCUCACUGACUCCUUCAAGGUCUCUCUGGAGAGACCGUGUGGUCUCUGAGGACAGCUUUACCUACAGAGCCCUGAGGGCUGGAAUGGUCCAGACCAGAUGUUGGGGCGGUUCCCGGCUUCGGUGGGCUCUGCUUGGCUGGCGCCUCCCUGCACCAGCUGUUCAGGCACCACCCCUGGGGAUACCCAGAGCAGGGGUCGCCCCCAAGCCCUGGGGACAGACAGGUGACUUCCUGAGGACACGGGGCUGCACAGCCGCCUUGCUGACCCCUGGGCUCCCCAGCACACCUGCGAACAUCCCUAGCCCAGACCGUGAUGGUUCUUCUCCUUGUCAGACCAAUUCUGGGCCCGGGCCUCUCACUGGUGACCCGUGGCUCCUGCAGCCAGGACCUCCUGCAUAGACCCUAGGGGCCUCUGUGGCUGUGGUCACCCUGUUUUUCUUUUCCUGGCAGCUGGUCCCCAUCUUGCCUCAAUGGUAAACAUGUCUGAUUUACAAAGGUCCCAGUUUCAGGGGUAAGAAAACUCGAAAAGUAAAUCGGGCCUCCUAGAAGCCCAUGGUGAAUGUCUCUGGCAGGCAGCGCAGUUUAAUCCUCUCGCAGCGAUGGGGAAGCCCAGACACCCCGCCAGCCCGUGGCUGGAGGUGGGGAGACCCCGUGGACUCCGGCACUCCCAGCUCCCAGCAGAGGCGGCCUGCAGCCCCGCGCCUGCGCAGUGAGGGGCACAGGCACUCCAGAAGCUUCUGCCAGAGGGGUCCAGGCAGCCCAGCAUCGGAAAGGAGCAGCGGGGUCCCGCUUCUCCAUUCUGUGCCCUAGGGACCAAGGGUCCCUGAGGAGCGCCCAGUUCUGGCCCCGCACCUCUGAGUCAGGGUGUUGGCCUGCUGGGGUCAGACACAGGGCCCUGAGCUGGAGAUCAAGCCCCAGCUCCUUCCUGGGGGAGCAGCCAGUAUUUAAUCACAUUCUCUGCCCAUCUGAGUCGGGGGCGCCCUCCUGUGGGACAGGCGGGGACAAGUUCGUGUGAAAAGAAACUCGGAUUUGUGAGCAAGAGUGUUCAUGAUUCAAAUAUUUGUGAUCAAAAAAAUGCUAUGAAAUAAAGACUGUUAAUCAACACCAGAA